GGGAAGCCAACAGCCGUCCUCCAGGUCUGAAGAGUUUUUCACAGCCGUGAGAGAUGACGAGAGCGGAGAACACAGAGUAACCACCAGGACUCCAGGAAGAUCCCACUCAUCUUACAACAGCUAUAGCUGUCUCUUCUUCUUCUUCUUCUUCUCUGGACUGCCCGGCUGUGAUGAUGGGAAAGGCUGCACUGCUGCUGCUGCUCUGCUGCCUGUUUAUGUCUUUAUCAGGAUCACCGCUUUAUCCAUCCAUUAGGUUCGGCCAGAGGGAUACGUCCAUCCUGAUGACGUCUUCCAUACAGAAUCCAUCUGAGCAGACAAAAGACACCAGCCCCCACAUGGAACCAGCAGAGUUACGUUCAGGACGUCACGCCGAUGCCAUCUUCACUAACAGUUACAGGAAGGUCUUAGGCCAAAUCUCUGCCAGGAAGUUCCUCCAGACGAUCAUGGGCAAACGGCUCGAGGAUGAAAGCCAGAGCUACGUGAAGCGUCAGUCGGAUAUCUACGAAGGGACCUAUAAAGAAGACCUCACAUCCAUCCAGAGCAACCAGAGAUACAGAGGAGUGCAUGAUGGGAAACUGAUGAGGCCCAGACUUCUGAGCUGAGACACAACAACCAUCAGAUUCGACAAUAAAACCAUCACAGUUCGUUUUCUUACUCGUCUUUGAAGCCAUUCUGUACAGAUGAAAAUUUAAUGUUUUUUUAUUCACAUUAAAGCUGGAAGAAAACAA